UUAUUGUUAUUGUAAUAUCCUAUUUGACUCCAUUUGCGUACAGGAACCGUGCCACUUUUAGUUGGUAUAUCAGCUUCAUGUGGUUUUUGCCUUAAACUUCUUAUGGGUUCAAUCUAUUUUCAAAUUUUCGCGCGAUAAUGAAAGUGAAUCUAUAAGACGUUUUUAUUGGUGAACGAACCUUGUGGAAAGUUCUGCUGCAUAAUGCAUUCACCUUUUUUCUAUAGUCGUGUAUAUCUAGUCGUGUCGAAAUUAAGUUAAAAUAAUAAUAUAAUUGAAAAAAAUCAUUAUCAAAUAUUAAUUAUUAUUAAAAAAUGGAGGAACGAUCGGAACAAGAUAAUCCUUGGUCUAAUUUAAUGACCAUAACUAAAUUUGAUCGAGGUAAUAAUAACAAGACUCCAAUUAUAUUGGAUAACAGAACAGAAACACAAGAAAACAUGAAAUUAAUUAUGGCUGCAGCACGUGUUUUUAUCGAAUCCCUGAUUAAACAAAUGUGUACCAUGUGCGAAGGAGAUACCAUUAAGAGGGAUAAAUUAUAUCUCAUGAUAUGCAAUACGCUUAAUGAAAUAGGAUUAAUAGAUACUUCUUAUAAUUCUACGAAAGUGGAAAAUAUACGUAGCCAAUAUGAAAAUGCUUUACAUAAAUUAAUUAUGAUCGCACGUACUGCUGCUGGUUGUGAAACUCCUUUAAAUGUUCCAAAUUGUCUGAUGGUUGAAUUGUCACGAUAUCGUAGAGAAUUUAAGGAAAAAGAAUUUAUUUCUGCUGGUGGCUUUAGUAACGUAUUCAAAGCAUUACAUCUAUUGGAUGGUAUUGAAUAUGCUGUGAAAAAAAUAGUAGUAAAAUCUAACCAAGUGAGUACCUUAAAACAACACCUUGAAGAAGUAAAGGUCCUCGCUAAACUAAAUCAUCCCAACAUAGUUGCUUAUAAGACUGCUUGGAUAGAACCAACGUUAAUAGCAACUAUUGUUCCAAGUUUGCCCAAUAUUGAGGACGAAAGAAACAAGAGUUCAAUUGUCAAACAUCGAAGUAAAAGAUUUUGUGAAAUAAAUCAUUAUAGUAAUAGUAGUCUAUCGAUUUCUAAUAGUAGUAACAGUAAUGAAAACAAUAGAAAUGACACAUCAUUAAUGUUUGACAAAACUGGACAAAAAAUAAUCGAACUAAGUACUGAUGAUAGUUCAGAUAUUGUAUCGUUUAGAAACGAUAGUGAAGAUUACAAAAGUAAUACUGAUCAUUCGAAAAGUAGCGUCAGUAGUACUGAAAUUACUGACUCCAUUGAUGCUUCUAGUAAUAGCGAUAGUAAUAAGAAAAUCUCACAAUAUGAUUCACAACGAAUGGAUCAUGGUUUAAUGACUUUGUAUAUACAAAUGGCACUUUGCCAGAAGACAUUACACGAAUGGUUAAAAGAAAGAGAUGAUCCUUCUUCACAUGAAACAAUUACUACAAUAUUUAUACAAAUUCUUCAAGGAGUAGAUCAUAUACAUUCUAUUGGCAUGGUACACCACGAUAUUAAGCCAAGCAACAUAUUCAUAACGGAAAGUUUGCAAAUCCAAUUAGGAGAUUUUGGUUUAGCUUGUCCAUUACAAAGAAAAAAUCAUGAUACUAUACUUGGUACGCGUUUAUAUGCAGCACCCGAGCAACUGAAAGGAAAAUGCAAUCCGAAGAGUGACAUAUAUAGCUUAGGAAUAGUUUUAUUGGAAUUACUGACUCAUGCAAAAACACAGAUGGAACUUUGUCGUACCAUUGAAAAAUUUAAAAAAGGUCAAAUACCGACAUCACUAACUACAAAUUAUCCACAAUGGACUCAAAUAAUCUGCCAACUGAUAGAAAAAGAUCCUGAUAAAAGGCCAUCGACGAAUGAAUUAUUAAUGAAUCUAAGAGAAGACAAGGAUACAGUAAUAUCACAAUUAAAAGAUGAUAUUGUUGGAAAAGAAAUGAAGAUAAAAAAACUGGAAGAACGUAUCGCCGAAUUAGAAGCUAAUAUUACCAAACCUAACACUCUAUAAAUGUUUUUUAUUUAUUCGUUUGAGUCCCAGAGGAUAUUGAAAAGACACUGUCGAUUUUUUCGCAAACAACACAACCGCGCUUUCUCUAAAUGAAAACUAAAUGUUCUGGGUUUGGUUUAUGGAUUCCAUAAAAAUUGUUUAAUUAUA